AUGGUGGAAGAAGAACUAGAGACAUUGGAACCGGUCUACUCCCCGAAUUCGCUAAAAAGGAAGCCAGACCGUGAAAGUCUGGAGGCUGGUAUAAAACGAGUUGCAUUAGAAGAUAAUGAAUGCGAGAACGAGACUGAGAAUGGCUCCAAAGGUGAGGAAAUUAGUAAUUAUAUUAACAUGCGUAUGCUAUGUUUGAUGAAGCAGGCUUCAAAGGUUGUAGGUGGUAAAGGGGAUCGUGUCAAUAAAAUUAAGGCUGAGACAAACACGCGGAUCAAUGUGUCAGAUAACAUCAAUGGUGUGAUAGAACGUGUGAUAUUUGUCCGAGGAAAAUGCGAGGAGGUUGCUAGAGCGUUUGGAAAAAUCGUGAGAGCAAUUAAUAAUGAGAGCGAUGAUGAUUCGAACGAAAAGUCGCUUCCCCUAGUUGUAAAUCUGUUAAUUCCACACCAUUUUAUGGGUUGUAUUAUUGGGAGACAAGGUUCGAGACUUCAUGAAAUUGAGGACUUGAGUGCAGCAAGGCUAAUUGCAAGUCCGCAACAGCUUCCUAUGUCGAAUGAUCGAAUUUUGUCAUUGACUGGUGUAGCAGACGCGAUUCAUAUUGCGACAUACUAUAUUGGUCAGACUAUACUAGAGAAUGAGCCAAAAUUGAAGAAUAAAAAAUCAAUAUUCUACCAUCCAGGUCCAAUGCAUUCAGUCCUGGUUAAUAAUUACCAAAUGUAUGUUGUUUACCCCAAUGGAGCACCAUCAAACACUUCUCUUGCGCCUAUCUCUCCAGAUGGAAUUCCUAUAUCUGUCCCUGGGGCAGCCCACCAAGAGCACCACCAGUAUCAUCCAAUGGAUAAAAGAAUGAUGAAUAGAAGAACAAAGCCAGUCAUUACCAAAGCUCCGAUGAAUGGCUCGCAACGACUAGCUCAACCUUAUGCAGAUAUCAUAGAAUCGUGCAAGCAUGUUAGAAUUCCAUUGCAGCCAUCGUUACAUGGUAUGUCACCUCAUCUAGUUACUCCACAGGAAGUAUUCAUUGACAAUAAGUUCGUGGGAAAUGUUAUUGGAAAAGGUGGUAAAAAUAUUCAGCAGAUUAAACAGUCUACUGGAUGUAUGAUUAAAAUCAACGACCCUGUGGAUGGUUUGGAAGAGCGUAAAUUGGUGCUGAUCGGCACUCCACUAGCUACACAGACAGCUAUAAUGAUGAUCAAUAAUAGAAUUGAUAUGGAUAAAAGAAAGAGACAAGAAAGCAUGAUGGUGAUUGAAUAA